AUGUCUGAACAAGAGCGUAUACAGGACUGUCUGAGGAAAGAGAUAAGGUCACUUCUUAUUUCCACUAAAGAUGGUUUGACCCCACAACAGUUGGAGAAGGAGUACCUUUUGAUGGUUGGUAACCAUCUACCGCUCCGAAUCCUUGGAUAUCGGUCCACUAUGGAGCUGGUGUUGGAUAUGCCUGAUGUGGUUAGUGUCUGCCCCUUUGGGGAUGGUAACAUCAUACUGAAAGCCAUUCCAGAUGAGUCCACCAAAGGAAUAGCAAGUUUAGUUGCAAAGCAGAGGAGGAGCCAUAAGGUCCGAAACUCCAUGCAGAAGGGAAGAAGCAGUGCUUGCUCUGGCCGCAUACCUUACCGUGGAAGGGUGCCCCCUAUACUUCCGGCUGUUGUGAAGAGUGAGUUGAAAGACCUUCUGGCCUUGUCCCCUGUUCUCCUCUCUGACUUUGAAAAGGCGUUUGCCAAGCGUUUCGGACGAUCGUUCCAGUACAUGCAGUACGGAUUCCUCUCUCUGUUUGAAGUGCUCAAUGCAGCUUCCGAUGUCAUUUCUGUAGAGCAGACCAGAGCGGGUUCUUUGUUGACACUAAAAAAGAGUGUCUCAGAGGAAAAGCAGAGAGGAUGGCCAGCAGGUAAAAUUUUUACCCAGCCAUUUAGAAUGAAACAACAGGGCUCCUAUUCUACUGGAUUCCCAGUAACGAAGACACGCUUUUCACAACCCACUUCAAAUAUGGAACCACCCAAGCAAGUACUGAACAUGGAGAAGAUGCCCACAUUUAAUACAGUGGAGAUUUCAAGGCUGAACCACACUGAAAAAUUAAACCAGUUGGAGAACACAUUCAAAUCAGUUAUUGCCCAGAUUGGACCUGGUGGGACUAUUGAUCCAGACCUAAAACAUAAGAUAAAAUUUGUUGUAUCGAAGUUUCCACAAGGUUUGUUUAUUUCUAAACUGCUUGGAGAGUUUGAGCUAAUUUUUAAAGAGCAACUUUCACCAAAACAGUUAGGGUUCUUAAAUGUGACAGAACUUGUUGGCGCUCUCAGUGACAUUCUCCGGGUUGAGUUCAGUGAAGAGAAGCAGGACUUGCUAGUGUUUGAUGCUGAUCUGAAGCCAGUACCACCUGGUGGAACACUUUCAUCAGUCAGAAAUUCGUGUUUAGUUCAACCAGACAAGAAAACAGAAGCCAGCGCCUGGGUCUCCAGUCCCUCCAGGAAUCCACUGUCUGCUGUAGCAGUUAAGAAGACUACGUGGGAUUGCCCUUUGAUGAACCACAAGGAACCAGAACAGAGAAUCUACAAGAAGCCUAACCUUGUGGUAAAGCCUUUACAGCUGCAAGUAGAAAUAAACAAGCCCCAGCUCAGCUUGUCGGUGGCAAACCAUGAUAUCCCACCAGAUGCUGUCCGUGCAAAGAAAUUGUGCAGACUUCCACCAUUGGACACCAGUACCCUUGUGGGGGUCUUUGUGGAAUAUAUAAUCUCUCCUAGCCAGUUCUACAUUCGGAUCUAUAGCAGAGACUCGUCAGAGUUGCUUGAAGAUAUGAUGAUUGAAAUGCGGCGCUGUUAUUCUAACCAGCUGGUUUCUGAUCGGUACAUCAUGCCAGAAUAUUUUAUUCAACCAGGACAUCUCUGUUGUGUAAGGAUUUCUGAGGACAAGUGGUGGUAUCGGGUUAUUAUCCACCGAAUCCUCGGGAAAAAGGAAGUUGAAGUGUUCUACCCAGACUUUGGAAAUAUUGGAACUGUUCAGAAGUCCUCACUGCGAUUCCUCAAAUGCUGCUACACAAAGCUUCCUGCUCAGGCUAUACCUUGCUCUUUGGCUUGGGUGAGACCAGCAGAGGAACACUGGACAUCCAGAGCUAUUUUGCACUUCCAGAAGCUAUGUGGUUUGAAGCCAUUAGUAGGGGUGGUGGAUGAAUAUAUAGACGGAAUCCUUAAUAUUUUUCUUUGUGAUACAUCCUCAAAUGAAGAUGUCUACUUUCAUCAUGUCUUGAGGACAGAGGGCCAUGCUAUUGUAUGCCGAGAAAAUGCUCCAUCCAAGGGCUUCAGUGAUCUCAACCCACUAGCGCUCUACACUAACUCCAGCGGAGUGGCCGCAGGUGACACGGUCCUCACAGAGCUGGGGCGUCCUUCUCAGCAGCACUAUUUUAACGAAGACAGGGAGAUACAGCAGCAGUCCAAGCAAGAUAUUAAUGAUGAAAAGUCUUUAAGUCACUUUACAUCUGCGUCAAAGGAAUUAUUAAAGGAUUCUCAGUUCAGUUCGUUGGAAACAUGUAAGAGCUGUGAAGGAGAUCUGCAGUGGUCCAUCCUGAAGCCCGGGGAGCCAAAGGAAGACAACGAGGAUGAGAUCCCUACUGGAAUGCCAUGCCUGGAGUCAGUGACCAUAGAUGAUGAUGUUUGGGAUGAGAACUGGCUCCCUCUACAGGCUAAAAUGGGGAAGGGCGAGGGCCCUGCCUCCCAUAUGUUAACUUCAAGCCUUGUUGGGAAGAAACAGUAUCAGUCCCAUGGAGAAAUGACACAAAAGGACUGGUGUUUUUCCGCAUCUAAAGAUAUAUGGGAUGACUCAUGGCAGCCCUUGGGCUUUGCACAUGACAUGAAGGGAGGAAUUCAAACACCUGAAGGGCCCAUUGCUCAAGAAAAAAAUAUUGGCACAACCAGAAUUAGAAAGCAAGCAGAUUUACAGUAUCCUUUGGAUUCUUCCACACUGCCCAAACUGGAAGAGUUCUACAUCUCUCUUAUCAAGUCACAGCAGUCGGCAGAAGGGAGCCAGUCGGAACCUGUCAGCAUUCAGACUCAACCCAAGCACAGUCUGCUGUCUUCGACAGUGCCCAGCUCAGCUCCUUCCAGGGUCAACUCUCCAGAAACCCACUCUGACUCUGUGGAAAGCUCUCCAGGGAGCCUAAAGAGUGAAGAUUUUUCUAGUAGCCAUGCCGACACAGUGGUCAAGGACGAGAGUCAAGGAGCCAUAGACCAGCUCUCUUUGAUUUUGUCCCCCCAGCACCAGAUUGCUCAGAAGCUCUACAUCCCUCGAAGUACAGCCACGGCUGUCUUGGGAGCUGCUGCGCGGUUAGCCACGUCCAGGAGCCUCCUGCACUGGUACCCCAGUGUGAAAGGUUGGAAGCCUGAGGGACAGGAGAUGGAGAAAAAUGAAGUGAAGUAGCGUUUGGGUAGCGAUCACGGGGUCUUUCUCUAUGACCAUAUGCUAGCUUUGUUUUGGUAACUGACCACUUUGAUGUGUAAGUAUUGAUAUUCUGUGUUAAUUUUAAUUUUUGUUCAUGAUUUUACUUCAUUUCAAAUGGUUUGGUUCACCUUUGUUUUAAUGAAGUAAUUUAAAGGAGUUUGUGUAUAUGUUUCUGUGAGUGUUUUUCUUGUACAUAUCAUGACUGAUAAAUGAAAAUUGGAAAACUAA